AUGGCGAAAGAAUGGGAAGAAGCAGCAACUAGACUUGUACGAAGUAAAUAUGACAGCAACCCACUGAUUAAGUGCCACAUCAAGCAUUCCCGGAUACUUGAUCAAGGACUGACUAACAACGCAAAUCGACUGAAGCCUUACUUUGCCGUGACGGUGAUCGUGCUAAUCGCGUUCACUUCAUUCUACUCCAUGAAAUGGAACAUUAGAAAAAAGAAUGACCAAUGGCUUGUCGGAAUAGAUUGGCUGCGCUCAAAGCCAAUUCUUGCUCUUGGUGGAGUCCUAUCGUCAGGUCUUGCUAUUAUGAGCGGUAUCGGUCUCAACCUCUGGUGCGGAAUGUUCUUCGCUGAAAUAACCCUUGUUGCUCCAUUUUUAGUGCUUUCAAUAGGAGUUGAUGAUAUGUUUAUUGCUGUCGCUGCUUGGCACAAUACCGAAUUGAAAUACCCAGGCAACACCCAUGCGGUGCUAAAGAAGAGAAUGGUUGAAGCUCUGAGUGAAUGCUCAAUCACAUUCUUCGCCGGGUUGAUGGUCGUGUCUGCCAAGGUCGAGCUUGCAGGAAGGAACUCAUGUUUGCCUUGUUUGAAGGUAAGGUGAAA